AUAAAAUCGGGUAAAACCUAGUAUUAAUUUAUUAAUUUUUAACAAAUUUUUUAUGAUUUUUUCAAUUUUAGAGCAUAUAUUAACUCAUAUAUCUUUUUCGGUCGUUUCAAUUGUACUACUAAUUUAUUUUUUAACUUUAUUAGUUAAUUUAGAUGAAAUCAUAGGAUUUUUUGAUUCAUCAGAUAAAGGAAUCGUAAUUACGUUUUUUGGUAUAACAGGAUUAUUAUUCACGCGUUGGAUUUAUUCAGGACAUUUUCCAUUAAGCAAUUUAUAUGAAUCAUUAAUUUUUCUUUCAUGGGCUUUUGCAAUUAUUCAUAUAGUUUCCUAUUUUAAUAAAAAAAAAAAAAAUCACUUAAACGCAAUAACUGCGCCAAGUGCUAUUUUUAUUCAGGGUUUUGCUACUUCAGGCCUUUUAAACAACAUGCCUCAGUCUGCAAUAUUAGUACCAGCUCUCCAGUCCCAGUGGUUAAUGAUGCACGUAAGUAUGAUGAUCUUAGGCUAUGGCGCUCUGUUAUGCGGAUCAUUAUUAUCAAUAGCUCUUCUAGUCAUUACAUUUCGCAAGGUCGGAUCUACUUUUUGGAAAAAUAAUAUGAAAAUAAAAUUUUUAUUAAAUGAAUUUUUUUCUUUUGAUGUACUUUACUACAUAAACGAAAGAAAUUCUAUUUUACUACAACAAAACAUUAAUUUUAGUUUUUCUAGAAAUUAUUAUAGGUAUCAAUUGAUUGAACAAUUAGAUUAUUGGAGUUUUCGUAUUAUUAGUCUCGGAUUUAUCUUUUUAACCGUCGGCAUUCUUUCAGGAGCUGUAUGGGCUAAUGAAACGUGGGGUUCAUAUUGGAAUUGGGAUCCGAAAGAAACCUGGGCAUUUAUUACUUGGACCAUCUUCGCAAUUUAUUUACAUAUUAAAACAAAUAGGAAUGCUCGAGGUAUAAAUUCUGCAAUUGUGGCUUCGCUAGGUUUUCUUUUAAUUUGGAUAUGCUAUUUUGGCGUCAAUCUUUUAGGAAUAGGUUUACAUAGUUAUGGUUCAUUUACAUCGAAUUAA